AUGGUAGUAGCGCUUACAGUUCCAGUCGGAGAAGCUAAGUCCGGAGAAACGGCCCCAAGAAGGAAGGCAUCUCAAAAAGAAGCAGCGUUAGAAAGACCCACCGACUCGAAGGCAACCGUUUUGUCGGAUUAUUUCGAGGAAUGUGUCAAGAGACAAGGUAAGAGACCUGCCAUUGGAUGGAGAGAAUUUAUUAACACACACAUUGACACAAAGAAGGUGACCAAGAUGAUCGAUGGUAAGGAGACCCAAGUGGACAAGGAUUGGGUUUACUACGAAUACGCUAAAUACAGCUUUAUUGACUAUCCAGAAUUGUUAGAAUUAGUGAAGAAUUACAGUAAAGGGCUCGUGAAGUUGGGAUUGAAUCCUGGUCAGGUUGACAAGUUACACAUUUACGCUCAGACUUCGCAUAGAUGGAUGCAGACAUUUUUGGCUGCCCAAUUCCAGGGUAUUCCUAUCGUCACGGCCUAUGACACAUUGGGAGAAAGUGGAUUGACCCACUCAUUGUUGCAAACUGAGCUGAAAGCCAUUUUCACUGAUAACACCUUGUUAGCGCUGUUGGUGAGACCAUUGAAGGAGGCCACGUCUGUUAAAUACAUCAUCCACUUUGACGAAAUGGAUCCUAAUGACAAGAGAAUGCAAGGCAAAUACUAUGGUGAUGCCAUUGCCGCCAAGGAAAAGAUUUUAAAGAACAGACCUGACAUCAAGUUUAUUUCCUUCAAUGAAUGUGUUGAGUUGGGCAAGACCAGCAAAGACAUCGGAUUUACUAAACCUUCUCCUGCAGACUUAUCUUGUAUCAUGUAUACUUCCGGAUCUACUGGACCACCAAAGGGUGUUGUUCUUUCCCAAAGGAAUAUUCUUGCUGCUCUUGGUGGUAUUUCCACAAACGCCGAUAGAUCGCUUGUCACUAACAAUGAUCGUAUUAUAGCCUUCUUGCCGUUAGCUCAUAUUUUUGAGUUGGCCUUUGAAUUGGUUGCAUUCUGGUGGGGUGGAUGUUUAGGGUAUGCCAACGUCAAGACCUUGACCGACGCGUCAUGCAGAAAUUGUCAAUCUGAUUUAGUAGAAUUCAAGCCACAUAUCAUGGUUGGUGUUGCUGCUGUAUGGGAAUCCGUUAGAAAAGGAGUUUUAGCCAAAAUUAGAAAAGAAAGUGCUAUUGUCCAAAAGAUCUUCUGGACCGCAUACCACGCCAAGGCUGCGUUUAAGGCCUACCAUAUCCCAGGUGCUGGUGCAUUUGACGUUAUUUUUAAGAAAGUCAAGGCUGCUACUGGUGGUGAGUUAAGAUAUGUGCUUAAUGGUGGUUCACCAAUUUCAAAAGAUGCCCAAGUCUUUGUAUCUAAUUUGAUCGCUCCAAUGUUGCUCGGAUACGGGUUGACUGAAACUUGUGCUAAUACCACCAUCGUUGAACACAAACGUUUUGAAUAUGGCACUGUAGGUACAUUGACAGGUGCAAUCACUGCCAAGUUGAUUGAUGUUGCUGAUGCUGGUUACUACGCCAAGAAUAACCAAGGUGAGAUUUUAGUUACUGGUCCUUGUGUUACUAAAGAAUACUACAAGAAUGAAAAGGAGACUGCCGAAGCAUUCACUCCUGAUGGAUGGUUCAGGACUGGUGAUAUUGGUGAAUGGGCUCCUAAUGGUACUUUAAGAAUUAUUGACCGUAAGAAGAAUUUGGUAAAAACUUUGAACGGUGAAUAUAUUGCAUUAGAAAAGUUAGAGUCUGUCUACAGAUCAAACCCAGUAGUUUUGAAUUUGUGUGCAUAUGCAGACCAAUCAAAGGUUAAACCAAUCGCAAUCAUUCUUCCAAAUGAAGCUAACCUUAAAUCGUUCUUAGCUGAUGAAAAAGUUUAUUCUCAGCUGGAAGCUGAUUCAAAGGAAUUGGCUCAUUUAUGUGAUGAUAAGAAGGUUAUUAAGGCUGUCACCAAACAUUUGGUUCAAACUGGUAAAAGUCAAGGUUUAAAGGGAAUUGAGUUGAUUCAAACAGUUGUUUUAUUGGAUGAUGAAUGGACCCCACAAAACGGUUUCGUUACCUCGGCUCAAAAGUUGCAAAGAAAGAAAAUUUUGGCUUCUUGUCAAGACAAGGUUGACGAAGCUUACAACAAUUCUUAG